CUGGCUCUCACGAGGAACUAUUGCCGAUCCCUGUAUCGGCGAACACUAGCCUUUAUUAUGGGGGACAGGUUCGACUAUCUUCGUGAUCCCCGCCCAAGUCACAUGUUUAAAAAGCUUGUCCAGCUGACUGAUAACAACAUUGCAGGCCGGUCGCUUAGGUAGCAGUAGGCAGGGUGGAGAAGCACGCCUUACAACCAACUGUUUAAAAACAUUUCUGUCAACAACCAGAAGCUACCUUUAACCACUACAUCACUUUUCAAGUAUUUCAACUUCAGGGUAGUCCGAAAUCGUAGUCGUCGAGCUUGGAAAGGGGGGAGGCUACCAGCGAGAGGCAGCUUUUAGGCUUGGUGGAGAGGGAAACAUUCGCUAUAUCCUCGGACUGAACAUGGCAAUGUCCCUCAUCCAAGCCUGCCGCAGUCUAGCUCUCUCAACAUGGCUGCUAUCCUUUUGCUUCGUGCAUUUGCUGUGCCUGGACUUUACGGUGGCGGAGAAAGAAGAAUGGUACACCGCGUUUGUCAACGUUACUUAUGUGGAUCCCGUGACUUCAGAAAUCAAAACAGAGAAGACUGAGUGUGGAAGAUAUGGCGAGCACUCCCCCAAGAAAGAAGCAAGAGGGCAAGUGUUGAUGCCUUUGCAAGAGAGACAAGCUUGCGACCCGAACGUUAAGUAUCCCCUGCCUUAUCAAAACAAUGCUUGGAUGGCGUUGAUAGCUGCGGGGAAUUGUACAUUCAGAGAUAAAAUUCGCAACGUCGCUGCAUUCCACAACGCAUCUGCAGUCAUAAUUUAUAACGUGGGCUCCACUAAUAUCAACGAUACCAUAACAAUGCCUCAUCAAGGUACGGGGGAUAUCGUGGCGAUCAUGAUUCCGGAACCCAAGGGUCGGGAGAUCGCUGCUCUACUAGAACGCAACGUCACGGUGACCAUGCACAUCACCAUAGGAACGGUGGAACCUUCAGAGUAUGUGAGCAGAACGUCGGUGGUGUUUGUCUCCAUCUCCUUCAUCGUCCUGAUCAUCUCCCUGGCAUGGCUCAUCUUCUACUAUAUACAGCGGUUCAGAUACGCCCAACGCUCGCGACCGCAAUCAGGCACGGUUCACUCCCACCUUGACUGUGCAGAAGACAUUCCGCCAGACUAUGAGGAUGUCAGUGAGUCUGCCACCAACGCGAAUCACAGGGCCAGAGAGACUUCACGGUGGAACGGGGAGAGAGCUCAGGAAACGGAGUCUGACUUUGACAACUGUGCUGUGUGCAUCGAGGGCUAUAAAGCGAAUGAUGUUGUUAGGAUAUUGCCGUGCAGGCACAUCUUCCAUAAAAGCUGUGUGGACCCCUGGCUUCUGGACCAUCGGACUUGUCCCAUGUGUAAAAUGAACAUCCUCAAAGCGCUGUAG